CCCGUCGCACUGUUAUUGCUCUUCAGGGUUUUCCAAGGGUUUAACUUUGAGAAACUACGAACUCAGUGGUCCGAAUCACAGGUACCAAACCCCUCUCACAAUCCACCAUGAGAAGAUCUUCCUCUAAACUUCUCUGUCAUCUGCAACCACACACCAAAUCCUCUUUCUCUCUCCUCUCCAAUGACUUCAUUACCCACCUUUCCUCCCUCUCGACCGUCACUAAUGAAGCCAAUUACGGCCACCCAUCGCAGACCCGCCUCCAAAACUGCAAUAAAAUUAAUGGGUUGCUCUUCUCCAAUGUCAAAACUCACCAACCUCAGACCAACUCCUCUCAAAAUUUCAACACCCUUGUGGACCAACGUCCUGAAAUGUCUUCGAGACAGAGAAAGAUUAAAGAAAGAUCGCAACUCGAGGAGGCCUUUGAGUCUGCGAAGACCCCCGACGACAUGCUUAAGGCGUUCAAAGACAUGGAGGCUAAUUUUGAUGAGAAAGAGCUUGGCCUGGCUUGUCUGAAACUUGGCCUCAAACUUGACCAAGAAGGUGAGGAACCUGAAAAGAUUCUAUCUUUUGCUAACAGGGCCUUAAAAGUUUUGGACACUGAUGAUAAAUUGUCUUUACCUCUUGCUAUGACUUUGCAAUUGUUGGGGUCUGCUUGUUACAGUUCGAAAAGGUUCAAUGAUAGUUUAGGGUAUCUGACUAGGGCUAACAGGAUAUUGGGUAGGUUAGAGGAAGAGGGUUUUUGUAGUGUUGAAGAUAUUAGACCGGUUCUUCAUGCCGUUCAUCUUGAAUUGGCGAAUAUCAAGACGGCACUGGGGAGGAGGGAGGAGGCUCUUGGAAAUCUUAAGAGGUGUUUGGAGAUUAAAGAAAUGACUUUGGAGGAAAAUAGUAGGGAACUUGGUAAUGCUAACCGUGAUUUGGCGGAGGCACAUGUUACUAUAUUGAAUUUUAAGGAGGCACUGCCUUAUUGUUUGAAAGCCUUGGAGAUACAUAAGUCGCAAUUGGGGCAAAACUCGGUUGAGGUUGCUCAUGAUAGGCGGAUUCUUGGAGUGAUUUAUACUGGAUUGGAGAAGCAUGAGAAAGCAUUGGAGCAGAAUCAAUUGUCUCAGAAGGUUUUAAAGAAUUGGGGUCUUAGUUCUGAUUUGCUUCGUGCAGAGGUCGAUGCUGCCAACAUACAGAUUGCAUUGGGGAAGUAUGAUGAGGCCAUUAAUACUUUGAAGGAUGUUGUUCAGCAGACUGAUAAAGAUAGUGAGGAUCGGGCUAUGAUCUUCACUUCUAUGGCCAAAGCUUUAUGCGAGCAGGAAAAGUUUGCAGACUCGAAGAGGUGUCUAGAGAUUGCAUGCGGAAUUCUAGACAAGAAAGAAAAGUCCUCUCCUGUAGAAGUUGCUGAAGCGUAUAUGGAAAUAUCAAUGCAAUAUGAAACGAUGAAUGAAUUUGAAACAGCAAUUUCAUUGUUGAAAAGAACAUUGGCCAUGCUUGAGAAGCUCCCUCAAGAACAACACUCAGUGGGAAGUGUUUCUGCAAGAGUUGGUUGGUUACUUCUGUUAACAGGCAAGGUGGAACAGGCUAUACCUUACUUGGAGGAUGGUGCAGAAAGAUUAAAAGAGAGCUUUGGUGCCAAGCAUUAUGGCGUGGGAUACGUGUACAACAAUUUAGGUGCAGCAUAUUUGGAAAUAGAUAGACCUCAGUCGGCCGCCCAGGUAUUUGCAUUUGCAAAGGAGAUCAUGGAUGUCUCGCUCGGUCCCCAUCAUGUGGAUUCAAUUGAGGCAUGCCAGAAUCUGUCAAAAGCUUAUGGUGCCAUGGGAAGCUACAGCCUUGCAUUUAACUUCCAGGAGAAAGCAAUUGAAGCUUGGGAAGGUCAUGGUCCUAGUGCACAAGAUGAACUCAAAGAAGCAAAGCGACUGCUUGAACAACUAAAGAAGAAGGCUCGUGAUGCAUCCUCAAACGAGCCUCCCAUUAAGGCAUUGCCCUUUCCCCACACUAAUGAAUUUAACAAUACAGGGGCCUCACAACCUGGAGUUUCAGUCAGUGAGAAGCGAUCUAGUGCAGUUUAGUGUAUCACUCCACAAUCUGAGGCAUUAUCAAGCAUAAUGGUGCACACUUCCCUUCCUGGUGAGAUUUAUACUGGGACUGGAGACGGAUAUUAAGUUUUAAUUAUAAUCUUUCUGAUGACAUGUGUAACUAGUCCCUCAAGGUGCCCAACCAGAUUUUUGGAAACCAUUAAUUCUGUUACAUAUAGAUUUAUAUUAAUUCUCAC